AUGAGCGCUAUCGACACAGCGGCGAGGCCCAUCGACUCUGUUUACGAGACCGCCGGCAGCAAGAGCUCUCGAUCCGCCCGAAGACGAGACAACUCCGACGCCAACUCGCGAAUGCCACUCACGUCCGUCGCCGCGAACCGCAAUGACCAAAGCACGGCAUACCGCGCGCCCUACAGCAGAGUCGAGGAACUCGUUACCUCACCACCGGGCGUAAGUCGCAGCGGCUCAGAAGCAGAUAGCCUCCUCGAUCUCUACCGAGGCAACAACGGCAGCGACCCCAAGAUCACAAACAGAUCAACGUCCUACGACAAUGAAGUCCCCGAAAACAUGUACCGCCCGCAAGACGAGGACCCCGAAGGCUGGAUUCACCGCGACAAACUCGCCAAAAUCGAAAGCGAAGAGCUCCAAGCAGCAGGCAUUAACUUGUCUUCUGCACGGAGAGGACGCAGCAAAAGCGGCAGGCGGGACACGAGUCGGAGCAGAAAGAGCGAGGAGAGCCAGCAGAGCGGCACUCGCGAUGACAGCAAAAGGGAAGAGAAGAAGCCGCGAUUGUCGGAGCCGGUCAAGGAAGAGGAGCCCGACGAUGAUCGCCACAACUGGGAUUUACGAAUUCCAGAGGAGAUCGCGCAGGACUCUGCGGCUGCACAGAUGUAUUCACAGCCGACGUUGAAGAAGUCGGGCUCACGUAUACCCGUCCUGACGAGCAGUCCACAUCCCAUACCGACAGAGCGGCUGGAUCGUGAUACACCACUGCCGCGGAAGCGUACUAUAAGCAAUAUCACAGUCCUCAGCACACCAACGCCCAAGCCCACCGGUAGUCGCGACGGCAGCAAACCCUCCUCACCUACCAAGAAAUCCGGCCUUGCAACACCCAACAACCUACCUCCAACCGCCUCAGCAGCCUCCCUCCGAAAAGUGACACCCUCAUCCCUCCGCAAACCCUCGGGCCCCAACAAAACAGCCAACGGCCCGCUCUCACCUACAGGCAGUACCCGCGGCGAGCGCGCCCGAGGCGACCCGCCAUGGCUCGCCACCAUGUACAAGCCCGACCCACGGCUGCCACCAGAUCAGCAAAUAAUCCCUACGCAUGCCAGGAAACAGCAAGCGGCGCAAUGGGCGGACGAUGGAUCUGUGCCGAAGACCUAUGAUCGGGAUUUCACGCCGUUGGCCGUGCACCAGCCUGAGGAGUUGGCUGUCGCGAACAACGCGAGCAAAAGGCUGUCAUCGACACCUAGUUCACCCGCAAUGGGCAACACCGAAAACAAAGAGAACAAUCCGCAAGCAUGGCCACUAAAGCCAAUGAACAGCAUACGCAGCACGCACAGCAGCAACCACGGGCGACCGGGCACGAGCGGAAGCAUCACUGGUAACUACAGCACGAUGCCCAAGGUUCAGCCCUCGCCUAUCAUUCAACAAACGCCGAUGAGCCCGAGACUUCCGCCACCGGCGCGUUUGCAGGAGCAGCGGCCAGGUCGAGACAAUGAGAAGAGUGGGAAUAGGGACGACGACGAUGGGACGGUGAAGAAGGGUGUUGAUGCUGUGUUGUCAUGUAGGGUCCACUUGCCCUACAAGCUUUGGUUGGGAAAUGCCGCUGAUGUCUCCGACCGCGCUUCGAGGGCCUCACCUGUGCAUAAGGGGCCGCAUACUAUUCAAUCACUGGACGACAAAUUCUUCUUUCGUUUUUUUAGGCAGAGCUAUGUGUUUUGA